UGCGGGAGCCGCCGCCGGAGCGUUCGCGGCCUCGCCAUGGACUCGGACGAGGGCUACAACUACGAGUUCGACGAGGACGAGGAGUGCAGCGAGGACAGCGGCGCCGAGGAGGACGAGGAGGACGAGGAGGAGGACGAGCCCGAUGAUAACCUGGACCUGGGCGAGGUGGAGCUGGUGGAGCCCGGGCUGCGCGUCGGCGGGGAGCGCGACGGGCUGCUGGGCAGCGAGACGGGCGGGCUGGGCCCCGGCGGCGGCGGCGGCGGCGGCCUGGGCGGCGGGCCGGGCCCCGGCGGCGGCGGCGGCCCCGAGCAGGAGGAGGAUUAUCGCUACGAGGUGCUGACGGCCGAGCAGAUCCUGCAGCACAUGGUGGAGUGCAUCCGCGAGGUCAACGAGGUCAUCCAGAAUCCAGCGACUAUUACUCGAAUACUGCUUAGCCAUUUCAACUGGGAUAAAGAGAAGCUGAUGGAGAGGUACUUUGAUGGCAACUUGGAGAAGCUCUUUGCAGAGUGUCAUGUCAUUAAUCCAAGUAAAAAGUCUCGGACGCGCCAGAUGAACACAAGGUCAUCAGCCCAGGAUAUGCCUUGUCAGAUCUGCUAUCUGAACUACCCAAACUCGUACUUUACUGGCCUAGAGUGUGGACACAAGUUCUGUAUGCAGUGCUGGAGCGAAUAUUUAACUACCAAAAUAAUGGAGGAAGGCAUGGGACAGACCAUUUCAUGCCCUGCUCAUGGCUGUGAUAUCUUAGUUGAUGACAAUACAGUUAUGCGUCUGAUCACAGAUUCCAAGGUUAAAUUAAAGUACCAGCAUUUAAUAACAAAUAGUUUUGUAGAGUGUAAUCGACUGUUAAAAUGGUGUCCUGCCCCAGAUUGCCACCACGUUGUCAAAGUCCAAUAUCCUGAUGCUAAACCCGUUCGCUGCAAGUGUGGACGUCAGUUUUGCUUUAACUGCGGUGAAAACUGGCAUGAUCCUGUGAAAUGCAAGUGGUUAAAGAAGUGGAUUAAGAAGUGUGAUGAUGACAGUGAAACUUCCAAUUGGAUUGCAGCAAACACGAAGGAAUGCCCGAAAUGCCACGUCACCAUCGAGAAGGACGGGGGCUGCAACCACAUGGUCUGUCGGAACCAGAACUGCAAAGCUGAGUUCUGCUGGGUGUGUCUGGGCCCCUGGGAGCCCCACGGAUCUGCCUGGUACAACUGUAAUCGCUACAAUGAGGAUGAUGCAAAGGCAGCAAGGGAUGCACAGGAGCGAUCCAGAGCAGCCCUGCAGAGGUACCUGUUCUACUGCAACCGCUACAUGAACCACAUGCAGAGCCUGCGCUUCGAGCACAAGCUCUAUGCUCAGGUGAAGCAGAAGAUGGAGGAGAUGCAGCAGCACAACAUGUCCUGGAUCGAGGUGCAGUUCCUGAAGAAAGCAGUCGACGUCCUCUGCCAGUGUCGUGCCACACUCAUGUACACUUACGUCUUUGCCUUCUACCUCAAAAAGAAUAAUCAGUCCAUUAUCUUUGAGAAUAACCAAGCAGACUUAGAGAAUGCUACAGAGGUGCUUUCUGGGUACCUUGAGCGAGAUAUAUCCCAAGAUUCGCUGCAGGACAUAAAGCAGAAAGUACAGGACAAGUACAGAUACUGCGAGAGCCGGCGAAGGGUUUUGUUGCAGCACGUGCAUGAAGGCUACGAGAAGGACCUGUGGGAGUACAUCGAGGACUGAGGGUGCUGGCCCUGCAGAAACGAACUCUGAACCCUUUUUCCCAUCUAGAGUGCUGAUGCGAUUCCACGACCACCCCACGGGGCGCCGCGCCUGUUGCACCGCUGGGCUGUAGUACCGGGCUCCUGUUUUCUUAACAGAAAAGAUUUAAAUUAUAUUGUAAUAAAACCAAACGAGACAAAGGUAGACAAACCAUUGUACAACAGUAUUCUAGGCGGCCAAUAAGCGUGUGACAGACGCACUGAAAAAAACAACCAACCAACCACAACAACAACCAACCCAACAAACCCUCCAACUUUAACUUGUAACGUAGCUUCGUUCUCCAAGGCGGCUCCUUUUUCUUUUCUCUCUUUCUUUCUCCUGUGUGUAGUACAGAUAAAAAUUUAAACCAGUUUCUUGACACUGCUUUUCAUGUCCAAACCAGCCAUUUUAAUGUACUUUGGUAAGUGGGGGGGGGGAGGAGGGGGGGGGGAUGGGAGGGGAUGGAUGGUUUUCCCACCCCUCUCUCCUCCCCUUCUCUCUGCCACUCGAGUACACGGUGAAUGUCGCUUGGCUCGUUGUAAAGAAGGUUCUUGGGGAGGGGAGGGGAGGGGGGGCACACAGCAAGGAAAAAAAAAAUAAUAAUAAUAAACCAACCUUUGUAUAUGACUUUUAAAACAAAAAAAAAAGAGGACAACACAGUAUUUUUCAAAGUUGUAUAUAGCGCAUAUGCAUGGACAAAGAGCAAGCGUGGCACGUGUUUGCAUAAUGUUUAAUUACAAAAAAAUAUUUAUUCUUUAAAAAUCUUCAAGAUUAUGUCUAUUUGCUGUGCAUUUUCUUUGGUUAUUUUGGUUUUGGUUUGUUUUUCUUUCCCCCCCCUGUUUUGUUUUGUUUUCCCUGGGCUGGGGUGGGGGAAGCGUGUGCUGGUUUAGUGAGUAUCUUUUUUUUUUUUUUAAUAUAUAUUUUUUUUGAAGGCUUUUACUAGAGAAGUUGGGUUUUUUUUUUCCUCUUCCUGCAGUUCCUUUACACCCAGGGUUUGUGUGUGUGUGUCCCUGUCCCCUCCUGGCACGUGGUAGCCCCCCCGUGCAUCGCGUUGGUGCCCGACGGACACUUCCCCUCGGGAUGCUUUGCCUCUUUUUUUUGUUGGCUCUUGAUCUGCCUGCCCUGCUCCCAACUCCCCUCUUCCCAUCCAUACACUCCUCUGAUCCCAGAGGAAGGUGUGUGUGUGUGUGUUUAGAGCUUCAUUUCUACUUCCGAGGCAGGAACAGGAGGGGUAUUUUUGCACCACUUCUCCAAAGACUCCCGGGAAGAUUUCGGCUGUGGAUCUCCUCUCCCUCCCCCUUUCAUCUGUCAAAUGGACCCUUCGUUGCUGUUUAAGUUUCACUGACAUUAUAACGAGUCAUAACAUGGAAAAGGAAAGAUGAUGGAAUUGUCUUUGUGUUUGUUUUGGGCUCAAUUACUGGGCGUUACUGUCCUGGCAAAUAUUUAACACUCCAUCUAGUGCAGUAGAAGUUGAAAUCAGUGGGGUAUUUUUCAAUUAAAAGGGGAAAGAACUAAUGAGUUAGCUACUGAGUCCAUUUUUAUGAUUUCUGUAACAAGAGCUAUGUUAAAGUAAACAAUUGGUGGUGGUUUUAUUAAAUUUCCUCCUGUAUAGGAA